GUCAGCACCAGUCAUCAGUGAAAGGUCCCGCGAAGGCUGUUGUUUGCAAACAGUCGGUGGGUCCAAAAGUCAUCAGACCAUAUCAGAAUGCAUUGAGAUAGUGCAUGAACGUUGUAUAUACUUACUUAAAACGUCUUUGUUUGACUGACUUUGGAAAUGUUCCUCUUCGUGCGCUUUCGACUCGUUCAAGUUCGCCCUGGCGGAUGUUAGCAGACGACGGAAGUGUGAACAACAUCUAUUGAUAGUGAGAUAGACUGUCAACCACAUUGACAGGGGUCAGCUGAAAAAAUUCCAACAUGGCCGUCACGCCGCAGUUUUCAGUGGCAGACUACGCCGUCUUCGCCGUGUCGCUCCUCAUCUCAGCUGGUAUCGGCUUGUACUACGCACUAACUGGUGGCAAACAGCGUACCACUCAGGAGUUCCUGAUGGCUGACAGGAAGAUGUCAGCUGUUCCCGUGGCGAUGUCACUCAUGGCCAGCUUCUGUUCAGCCAUCGCACUGCUGGGACAGCCUGCAGAGGUGUAUAGGAAUGGCUCAGAAUACUGGAUGCUGGGGUUUGCGUACUUCCUGAUGCUGCCCCCCGUGGCCCUCCUCUACCUCCCUGUGUUCUACCAGCUCAAGCUGACUAGCUGUUACGAGUACCUGGAGCUACGCUUCUCCAAACCUGUGCGCCUGGUUGCCACAGUUGUGUACAACAUACAGAUGGUGUUGUACAUGGGCAUUGUGCUGUAUGCACCUGCUCUGGCUCUCAAUGCUGUAACUGGGGUUGACUUGUGGGGCACAGUGCUAACCCUGGGUGUCAUCUGUACUUUUUACACCACUGUGGGAGGCAUGAAGGCUGUCAUCUGGACAGACACAUUUCAGACAGUCAUCAUUCUGGCAGGACAGUUAGCUGUACUGAUCCAGGGCAGUAUAGACGUUGGCGGCUUUCACAAGGUGUGGGAUAUUGCAACUAGUGCCAAGAAGGUGGAAUUCUUUGACCUUGACCCCAACCCGCUGACCCGACACACGUUCUGGACUCUGGCAGUCGGUGGGACUGUGAUGAUGAUGGCCCUGUAUGCAGCAAAUCAGGCUACAGUGCAGAGGUAUCUAAGUGUAAAGUCUGAGCGAGCUGCCAAGGUGACCUUGAUGGUGACAGCACCAACCCUGCUGUUCACCCUGGUGCUCAGCUGUCUGAUUGGUCUGGUCAUGUACGCACGAUAUGCAGACUGUGACCCAAAGGCCAUGGGUAAGAUCAACAGUUAUGACCAGCUGCUGCCGCUGUUUGUGAUGGAGAUCAUGAGAUAUUUGCCUGGCAUGCCCGGCUUAUUUGUGGCCUGCAUCUUCAGCGGUGCCCUCAGCACCAUAUCUUCUUCGCUCAACUCCCUGGCUGCUGUCACUCUGGAAGAUGUCAUCAGACCAUUCACCAAGAACAUGCCUGAGGCUAAGAUCACAUGGAUCAGUAAAGGUCUGGCUCUUGCCUAUGGAGUUAUCUGCAUCGGCAUGGCAUGGGUAGCCUCUCAGAUGGGAGGAGUGCUGCAGGCUGCCCUGAGUAUAUUUGGUCUGGUGGGUGGCCCCCUGCUCGGACUCUUCUCCCUGGGGAUGUUCUGUCCCUGUGCCAAUGCCAUUGGUGCAUUCGUCGGCCUUCUCAGUGGCCUAACUGUGUCGCUCUGGAUCGGCAUCGGUGCAUUUGUCUCCCGCUACACCGCUCCUGCGCCCCCCGCACCGGAAGUCCCCACAUUCUGCUAUGGCUUUGCAUCAAACUCUACAGUCCUUUGGGGUCUGGACAAUGUGACCAUGCAGUCUUCGGUGUCCAUUGGAACAACUGGCGCACCGUCGAACGUGACGGCCGGCACGGCAGCUGUCUCGGUCAGCAGCAUCUACAGCCUGUCCUACCUGUGGUACAGUCUGGUGGGGGCAGCUGUGGUCAUCCUCAUCGGCCUCCUGGUCAGCGUGCUGACGGGAUGCUCGCGGGGACGGAGGCUGGACCCCAGGACGAUCUCACCCGUGUGCCGGUGGAUGUGCCGGGGUCUGCCCGAGCAGGUUGUCAUGGAAACAGAACGCAGGACGGAGGACCGUCAGCAGUUGCACAAUGGUGACGAAAACCAGGAACUUACAAACGGUGUCCCCAAAGAGGUGUCAUCUUUUGUAGAAGUGGAAACUGCACUGUAGUUUGUGACUUGCUUUGUGUAAAAAUUUGUUCUGUGCAUGACUGUAAAUGUACCUUCUAUCAUUCUGCAGUUUGCACAUGAUGACACAUUUCACUCUUGCCUUCAUAAGAUUGUAACUUGCUUUAUAAGGAAAUUACAGGCAAUGAUAGAGGAUAUAGAGCAUUGAUUUUACACUGAAAUCCUGAUAUGUUGAUGGUAAUUGCUUUGUAUGAAAUAGACAUUGUAAUAACCUGUUUAGACAUGAUACGUUUAUGUAUAUUUAGAGUGUAUAUUUGUAUAUUUAGUAGUAGCAACAAGACAGUAAUGGAAGUGUUUGUAAUAUUUAAUAGUUUUAUGAAUAAUUUUCCCCUUCACUUUCUGAACUUAGAAAGACUCAAAUGUGGUAGCUAAUUUAAGACUCAGGUACCUUUUAAAGCAAUUCAUAUGUUGUAUUUUCUGAAAAUGCAUUUGCAGUGACCAAAUAAUGAUUAAGACUGCCCACUGCUUUUUAUAGCCAUACACCUAUACUGAUAAGAUUUUAUGGAGGACCCUUAAAAUGAUGCAAACAUACAAAAAAAAGCUUGAAAAUUGAAAUAUCUAAGAUUAAUCCAAACCCUGACCUACCCUACCCUUACAGAGCCUAACCAUGCCCAUCAAUGGCACACCAGUCGGUAAUGACCCCACCUUUAAUAGUAUUGUUGCAAAUCUUUGCCUGUAGUGGACAUGUUAUUUUUUCUUAUUGAGGCAAAAUUAGUAUUCAUGCAUAUCAGUUUUCAUAAAAUCAAGGCAAUGUGGCAAUGGCUUGUUCAUGAGGUGAAUACUUAAUGUCAAUCUGUGCCAUUAUUAAAAUGAAUGCAGUAUUUUAUCCAUUGUACUAUUAAGGUGCCAAUGUCUAGUAGGUACACGUGUACAUCUGUACCAUGAGCUGUACAGGCUCGUCGUUGUGAAGGGACUGUUGAAUUAUACUGUAAACAAGACCUGGAAUUUUGAUAUGAAUUAUGUGGUGUCUAACAAUUUGCAGUACUUUAAUGAAUAGCAGGAAAAUAUUCCAUUCAGAAUGAUGCAGUAAGAUAUUGAAAUAUGUGCACAGGUAUGUAUGCACUUUCUAGUGACCAAAUGUGUUGUGACUGAGGUGGAGUAUAUUACCCAUUCCUAUGUGUAUUCCUGUACUAGUCUUUAAUCUGAGAAAUGUGGCCAUAUUACAGAGAAACAAGGAUGAUACAAGUCAUGUAAGUGUUUGUCAGAGCUGAAAAUAUCUGAUAUUUCAAAAUUAGUUUCUUUUUGCUGCACAGUUUGUACUUCUAAGUUUUGAUAACAAAGUUGUGCCUUACUUAUUGAUUGUAGUCUAUGAAGCCAUAUGUAUUUGCUCCACUUUAAGAACAAUUACAUGUAUGUAUUGUAGAUUCAUUACAUAAAUAUAUUAUGGUUUUACAG